UCCAAAAACUACAGCUGUGUGAAAGCAGACUCGUAUAUAUCAGCAGUUCAGCACAGUGAACUAGACCUUGGUCUUCAUAAGUAGUGUUCCUUGCUCAAUGUGAACUAAAGGGUUUCUCUGCAAAACCAUGAAGAAAGGCUCUGGUGCUUCCCUGGAUUUGGGGACACUUCCAGGGCAGAAGGGUUGGAACUCGGAACGAGUGAGGACGUUGAGUAAUAAUGUUGGAGGGAGGACUUUGGGGUCUAAAUGGGAAGAUGCAGAGAGGUGGAUUUGCAGCCCGAAUCUGGGACUUGGUGAUGAAAGAAGCAAGGAUUUGAAUUCUCAUGGCCAGAAGAGGAGGCCCAAGUCCAAGAGUGGUCCGAUUGUGCCGCCCGGAGCUUUGUACUACUCGCAUAACUCACCUACGAAUACAGGAUUUGAAGGUGGAAGCCUAAGGAACUUUGUUACUGCAGGUUCUCCAUUCUCAACUGGAGUUUUGGCAGCUGAUAGUGUGUGUCUUAGCUAUGGAGGAAUGGGAAGAUCAGCGAGCCUGCUUGGAAUGCAAGAAUUUCAGAAUGAGAAGUUUGAUGAUAGCAGUAGUGAGGAGCAAAUGGUUGCUCGUGCUGUUUCACAAAGAGAUAUGGGAACCCAAAUAAGCCAAAACACCAAGGGUUGCCUACAGUCAUCACCAACAAGGAGAAGGUCAUCGUUUGCACCAUCUUCUCCCACUCUGGUUCCUAUAGUGGAGCAGCAACGUGAACAUUUUGCUAGAUUAGAGGUCAGAGAAGUGCAGGUAGACAAUCGCGUUAUGGUUGUUGAAGGGACUAAAGGAGGUGUCUCCGAAAGCACCAAGAAAAGUCCCCCGGAUGUCAAUGAUUUUGGCACCAUUGCAUUUCAGGACCAAACUCCGUCUUCUACAAUUGCAGAGGCAGCUAUGAAUACUUCAAGGUUGCAAAGAGAGGAGGCCAAGAUCAAUGCGUGGGAGAACUUGCAGAGAGCAAAAGCUGAAGCAGCACUGCGAAAACUAGAGAUGAAACUGGAAAAGAAGAAAUCGUCAACGAUGGAUAAGAUCAUGAAGAAGCUGAGCAGGGCACAAGUUAAAGCCAACAAGAUGAGAAGCUCAAUGGCAGUUACAGAUGGCCAUCAAGUCCCUGAAACUCCUCGCAAGGCUCGUUCCUUUAGCAAGCGUAUCCGAAUGGGUUCGCUGCAGAAGUUCUUCACCUGCAAUGCCUUUUAACCAGUACUCUUGCCUGCUAAUUUAUUCAUUGCACCA